AUGGCAGGCAACACACCAGGGCCGCCAGCCCUAGAAGAAGCAAAGCCUGCCGUGAGACUCAAAGGCAAGGAACAUGAGUAUGGUAAGACUCUGGAGUUUGACGCUUUCCAGUCUCGGGGUGGGAAUCCGGAAGAUCUCAUGGACGAAGAACGAUGGCUUGACUUUCCAGCGCAUGUUCAUUUCCCCUUGAAAAAGUAUAAGAUGAAGGAAUCCGAUAGAGAUACUUCUCUAUCACCCACUGAAACAUUUGGGAUGCGAACUAUCUGGAACCCAGAGCCAGUCUCUGGUCUUGGAGAUGACCGCAUUUCGAAAGUAGACACUGGUCGAAAGGUGGCUGAGAGACAUCUGGCAGUUAAGUUAGCUGCCAGAGCUUGCAAUAGUGGCAGAACACUCAGCUACGAGACAAAGGAAUGGCUGGGUAUCACAAGUGGUACGCAGCUCGCAACGGACAAGACGGUCAGCUGCGUGUUUGUCGGAGUAUCGGCACUUACCUGCCAAGCUAUCUUUAUGAUGAAGUCGAAUACUCAACAUUUACCCGACGGGUUUUGCGGCGUCUCAAGGCAGCAACGGAUUGAAGACUUGUUGAAUGUGGACACCACAGAGCUUAUUGAAUUGGUUUUUAGGCCAGAACUUUACAUACAAGGCCACGAAAUCAUAUGGACUGAGAACAUGCUGAUCCCAGGCAAUAUCUCAUAUAUCAAACGCGCACUCCAUGGUCACCUAGCUGAUGAUGAGAAAGCUCAAUUUCUACAGCGCAUGAGGCGAGAACAUCACCUCCUUAUAGCUGGGAGCGCCCCAGCGGGUGUUGCCAAGGCCCUACCGUCCAACGAAGAACCAGGCCGAAAGCCGUUGAUUUGUCGUGCUAUUCAAGGUGGCAAAGCUUACAACCAUCUACAUUUCAUCCUGAAAUGGCCUCCCGUUGCCCUUCUGGAGUUCCCCAAAGCCAUGAUCGAGGGAACACAGCGCUUUCUCGACAAAUAUCCAUCUGACAAUGUGCCCUUGAACAUUGCACUGGCCGCAACAAUUAUCUAUUUCGAUAUUGAGGAGACACGCGACUACAAAAUGGAGGGCUUUCUGAAUUCUUUUCCUGGGAAGCCAUCUCCUGUUCGAAAGGUUCCCCUAGCGACUUUUAUCAUAUACUUUCCUCACAUGCUAAGUUACGUUGAAACACACCACUUGACGUCCUUCUUUCACCCAUUUCGGUUCGCCAAUCUUCAUACAUCUCACAGUAGUCCUCUCGUAGUCACUGCCGGUCGCGAUUACCUCAACACAGCCUCAAUGCGCUCCUGGUAUCACCAGAUACGGUCUCGUCAUCCGCAAAUCCUCGCCGAAUCGAGGUUCACUCUGAUUCCUGCAUCUAUGCCAGGGUCGACUAUGGUAUUUCCUGAAGACUGUACUCAUGCUCAGAGGCCAUCACCUGACCUUUUCACGCUAUGUUGUUUGAAUGACGUGCGAACUCUAGGAAUUCCCAGUUACUCAUAUGACCCAGAAUCCUCUUUUCAGCGUGUAGGAGCACCCAAAUGGCUCUUCACAAAAGCGGUUCGGCAAUCUGAUAGCAAUUGCUUUCGACUCGGCGGUCAUCCUACAAUCGCCUAUUGGAACACUGCCACUCCUGAGAAAAUCAAAGCUCUUACCGGUCCGGCAAGGACAAUUGGCCCUGUCUUCCCAGAUAUCGGGUCUGAUUAUUACAACACGGAGGCCAUAUCUUCUUGCGUGAAGCGGUGGUUCGGCGAUGAGACUUAUUACACUCAGAACUUCCAGUUUUGCCUCGACAAGCCGGAGCUUGAACGAAAGAACAUGGCAACCAGAGCAGACGAACUCAUCAGGAUUGCGGAUCGCUUGGGCAUUCCACCCUCCCAAAGAUGGACGAGUCACAAGACCAUGUUGCUUGAGUGGGAUGGUAUGGAAGGACAUCUGAAAUCGCUUCGCGAAGAGGGAAAGCUAAAACGACUCGCUGCGCCGGAAUAUUCUACACCUCCAGCCAAGCGAGCAAAGUCUGUCGAACCAACUUUGGACUCAGACAUCAAAGGGGAGAUUCUUCAAACUAUCAAAGGCCUUGCAGCUACAUCCUGCGACUGGGACAACCUGCUAAAGGAUCUCCAAACUCCAGCCCCAACAAUGAAAGCUAUUCAAGAGUCAUUCUCCCGUGUGUGUUUGUUCAUAUCCGAGUUGGAGAAGACACUACAGAAUGGGAAUGAUGACAAUGGGGAAGGAGAUCUGGACCAUGUCAUUCGGCUGGUGUUUCGAGCUGAGGGACUUUUCGGGUCGGGAGUAGAAGCAAUGGACUACGAGUCAAAAUGGGUCCAACAUCGCGACAGGCUUUCCCAGCUGUUUGGACAGCCAACUGGGAAGGCUAUGGAAGCUGUUUUCAGGCUUCGGAACACUCCUGACGCGUUUGAUAUCAUUCUGCCCCAGAUUCAGGUUUUGGGAGAAUCUCCGUUGAUCAGAGACCAAGUCGAGGCAUUCAAGAAGAUCGACGCACUCCUAGGACCACUGCUAAUUGUCACCAACGUUGAUACAGCGUCAGGAGAAAAUGGGACACAGGAAUGA